UGUUGAGUCGGCGAGCCUGCGCGGUGCGCGUGUUGUGAUUGUGAUUAGUGAACAAACGUGUGUUGUGUGUGUUCGCUAGAUACGCGGAAGCUACUGGAGGAGUGCCAAGAUGAAGGUCCGGCUGGCCUUGGCCGUGCUGCCCUAGAUCUAGUGCAUCCCGCGGCCCUGAGACGUCUGGUAUUUAGACUAUUCAGUGCAGUGUCGGCGCAGUGAAAGCGGGAGCGCGGCGAGAGUGUUGCGUCAGCGAGUCAGCUGAGAGGAAAUGGGGCAACGCGCGCACCGCGACUGACGAGUUGACGACUGACACACAUGAUGCAGCGGCUCAUUAGCGGCCGAGGACCCGUCGCGUCGCCCCGCGCCGCCUGCACGCGCACGCGAGGUUAUGUUUAUUGUGCCAGUCAUCCGAGCCGGUCGGGUCACAUUACACCGCGUUUAAUACAAUAACAAAAUGCUGACGCUCGCGCGCGUGCGGCGCGUCAUGCCGCUGUACCCCGUGCUGGGGCUGCUGGGGGCCGUGCAGGCGCUGGCCCCCGCCCCCGGCCCCGCCCCCGCCGCCUGCCGCUCCGCCGUGUACUGCGCCGGCGAGCUGCUGCAGCGCGUGCAGCUGGCGCGCAUCUUCCACGACUCGAAGACCUUCGUGGACUUAAAGCUCGUGCAUUCGGAGAACGACACGCUGGCUGACUUCGCUGUGCUGAUGCGGGCCACCGGGGGCGCGCCCUCGCGGGACCAGCUCGCGCACUUCGUGACCCGCCACUUCACCGACGGCAACGAGCUGGCCCCCUGGCGCCCGCCGGACUUCGACCCCGACCCCCCCGUGCUGAAGCAGAUCAAAGACGAGAAGCUUCGUCAGUUUGCGAAGGACAUCAUCGCAAUAUGGGCCAAGCUCGGCCGCAAGGUGAGUGCCGACGUCAAGACCGACCCGUCCAGCUACAGCUUCCUGUACGUGCCCAACGGCAUCAUCGUGCCGGGCGGCCGCUUCAAGGAGCUGUACUACUGGGACUCGUUCUGGAUCAUCCGCGGCCUCCUGCUCAGCAACAUGACCGAGACAGCGCGGGGCAUGAUCGAGAACCUCCUGUACCUGGUGGACACGCUCGGGUACAUCCCGAACGGCAGCCGCGUGUACUACCUGGGCCGCAGCCAGCCGCCGCUGCUGGCGGCCACCGUGGCGAGCUACGUGGCGGCCACGGGCGACCUGGCGUGGCUGCAGCGCCACCUACCCGCCGUGGAGGCCGAGCUGCACUACUGGCUGCAGCACAAGAAGGCGACGGUGCGCGUCGCGGGCGCUGACUACGUGCUGCUCCGCUACCGCGCCGACCCCGCCGCGCGCGGGCCCAGACCCGAGUCCUACUACGAGGACUACACCAACGCACGCGUCCUCCCCGACGAGGACAGCCGCGAGAGCUUCUACACGGAGCUGAAGAGCGCGGCGGAGAGCGGCUGGGACUUCUCGUCGCGCUGGUUCGUGCCGGCGGACCGCGCCCCGGGGAACAUCACGGACGUGCACGCGACCCGCAUCCUGCCCGUCGACCUCAACGCGAUAUUCGCCGGAGCGCUCGAGCUGGCCGGAGACUUCCGCAACCGCCUGAAGGAUCGGCGCGAGGCGCAGAAGUGGUGGAGCCUCGCCAAGUACUGGCGCGGCGCCAUCGACGCCGUGCUGUGGCACGAGGGGGACGGCGCGUGGUUCGACUACGACGCGCAGGCGCAGGCCCCGCGCCGGCACUUCUACCCGAGCUGCGCCGCGCCGCUGUGGGCCGGCGCCGUGGAGCCCGCGCGCGCGCCCCACUACGGCGGCCGGCUGCUGCAGUAUUUGGACCGAUCUGGAGCUCUCGAGUUCCCGGGCGGGGUGCCGGCGUCCAUGCUGCACUCGGGCGAGCAGUGGGACUUCCCCAACGCGUGGCCGCCGCUGCAGAGCAUGCUGAUCGGCGCGCUGGAGGCGAGCGGGCACGAGGGGGCUCGCGCGGCGGCGCGGCGGCAGGCGGCGCUGUGGGUGCGCGCCAACUACGUGGGCUUCAGCACGUGGCAGAAGAUGUUCGAGAAGUACGACGCGGCGGCGCCGGGCCGGCAGGGCGGCGGCGGCGAGUACGGCGUGCAGGACGGCUUCGGCUGGACCAAUGGCGUGGCGCUGGAGCUGCUGGCGCGGUACGGAGCGGACCUGGCAUUGGACGAGCCCCCCGCGCCGCCGCCACCCACCGUGCGGCAGACGUGACCAGGUCUAGCUCAGAAAAGGUUUGACAGUUGUAUGUGUUCGCUAAAGUGAUAGAAGAUGAUACAUACAAAGAUGAGGAUGAUAUGUUUGGCAUGAGUGAAGGCAUGCGAGCGACCACCGAUGCGAGGAUGUAAUGCACCGGUUUCUCAUGUAACAAAAUGAUGUUAUGCGCUCACCUGACGAGGUAUAUCAGUGGCAGUGGUGUGAACAUGGAUCUGAUUGUAAAUAACAACUUGUAUUAGAAAACAAUUAAUUAUGACAAAAUGGUGCCAUGGUGAUAUUUGAUAAGCAUUUAGUGUGAUGGUUAUGAAAAAUCGUAGACAAAUUGUUUAGGUAACUUUGUAAAUUAUUUAACUUUGUAAAAAUAGAUAAACCAGUGAAUUAUUACUGUAUUGUUAGAUAAGAGUUAACUUCAUAGGACGGAAUUACAUGGAAUGUUUUGUACUACUA